UUUUAAUACAUUUUCAAAAGUGUGCAUAAGUUGACGCCAUUUGAUACAUUCAUUUGAUGCUGAAUUUGAAAUAAUUCCAGUGAAAAAAAAAAUUUAUUUGCUAUGCAACAAUGUUAACUUCGGCUUUUCUCCAGUUCAUAGAGGUAGAGAAUUUCAAGUCCUACCGUGGAAAGGUUACAAUAGGACCUCUGAAAAAAUUUUCCGCUGUAAUCGGUCCUAAUGGCUCAGGAAAAUCCAAUUUUAUGGAUGCUAUCAGUUUUGUUAUGGGUGAAAAAACCACGAGUUUACGUGUUCGAAAACUUAAUGAAUUGAUACACGGUGCGUCUAUUGGAAGGCCAGUAGCCAAUCGAGCUUCUGUGAUGGCAAAGUUUAUUAUUACCAAUAAAGAAGGAGAACAAAGCCAAAAAAGUUUCCAGCGAUCUGUUAUUGGUUCUUCAUCGGAAUACAGAAUCAAUGGGAGUGUGGUCGCUACCAAUACCUAUCUGCAAGAGUUGGAACAAAUCGGUAUUAACGUAAAAGCAAAGAAUUUUCUCGUUUUCCAGGGAGCCGUCGAAAGUAUUGCAAUGAAAAAUGCAAAAGAAAGGACUGCAUUAUUUGAAGAAAUUAGUGGUUCUGGUUUACUAAAGGAAGAGUAUAACAAGCUAAAACAUGAAAUGCAAAUGGCAGAAGAAGAAACUCAAUUCACUUAUCAAAAGAAAAAAGGUAUAGCGGCGGAAAGAAAGGAAGCUAAAUUGGAAAAACAGGAAGCGGAUCGGUAUGCACGCUUGAAACAGGAAUAUGGUGAAAAACAAAUACAAUAUCAGUUGUAUCGAUUGUAUCAUAAUGAGAAAGAAAUGAAACGCCUGAAUGAAGACAUAGAAAGUAAACAACAAGAGUUAGCCAUAGUUGAAAAAAAGAAAGAGGAAACCGACGAAGUUCUCAAGGAAAAGAAAAAAGAAGCAGGAAAAAUUGCUAGAGAGUUAGCAAAGUUCGAGCAAGAAAUCCGAGAAGUGGAGAGCGAAAUGAGUAAGAAACAUCCUAUGUUCAUCAAAGCCAAGGAAAAAGUGGCACAUACUAAAAAGAAACUGGAUGGAGCUAUGAAAACACUGGAACAAGCUCGUAAGGCUGACGAAGCACAUCAAGCUGAUAUUCGUAAACUUGAAGAUGAACUACAUGGCGUUGAAAGUAAAUUGAAAACGUUUGAAGAUGAAAUUGCAGGAGAAUCGAAGAAGCGUGGAAGUAAUAUUCAUUUGGAGCAGAAUCUGGUACAAGAAUAUGAUCGCUUGAAACAGAAAGCCGAUGCUACAUCAGGAAAAUAUCUUAUCAAAUUAGAUUCCGUUAAUCGGGAACAAAAAUCUGAUCAAGAUUUGCUUGAUAAUGAAUCUAAUAAAAAAGCACAGAUUGAAGAGAAUUAUAAAAAAUAUGAGUCUGAGAAAAAUGAAGCAAUCAAACGACAAGAAAAACUCAUUGAUCACAUCAAAUCCAGUAAACUUGCUUUGGAGGAGCAGAUUCGAUUGAAACAAGAGCUCAGUCAGGACGUUGGAUCGUCCAAAGAACGUAUUCUAGAACUGCAAGCUGAAUUGGAUAAUGUACGGGAGCAGCUCGGAGAUGCGAAAAUUGAUAAGCACGAAGACGCUCGACGGAAGAAAAAGCAAGAAGUAGUAGAAUUAUUCAAACAGGAGGUUCCCGGGGUGUACGAUCGCAUGAUCAAUAUGUGUCAACCAACCCACAAACGGUACAAUGUUGCCGUGACGAAGGUUCUUGGUAAAUAUAUGGAAGCUAUCAUUGUCGAUACAGAAAAAACUGCUCGCCGUUGUAUUCAAAUUCUGAAGGAAAAAAUGCUGGAUGUUGAAACAUUCUUGCCACUGGAUUAUUUACAGAAAAAACCGCUCAAAGAACGCCUAAGAAACAUUGAGGAUCCUCGAAAUGUGAAACUUAUUUAUGACGUGCUGAAGUUUAAUCCACCGCAGAUUGAACCAGCAGUUUUGUUCGCAACGAAUAAUGCAUUGGUCUGUGAGACACCGGAUGAUGCUAUGAAGGUAGCAUAUGAAAUUGACCGCAGUCGCUACGAUGCAUUGGCACUAGAUGGGACAUUCUAUCAGAAAUCCGGUAUCAUUUCAGGCGGUAGCCAUGAUUUGGCACGUAAGGCCAAACGUUGGGACGAAAAGCACAUGGCACAGCUGAAGGCACAGAAGGAAAAAAUUACCGAAGAGCUAAAAGAGGUGAUGAAAAAAACUCGUCGUCAAGGUGAACUUACUACAGUUGAAAGUCAAAUACGCGGUUUGGAGAAUCGCCUAAAAUAUAGCCAAAAUGAUUUGGAUGCUUCGAAAAAGAACAUUAAGGAGUAUGACAAAAAAUUAGAUCAGUUACAAAACGAGCUGGAUCAAAUAGGGCCAAAAAUCAGCGAGAUAGAACGUCGUAUGCAACAGCGUGACUUGAAAAUCCAAGAAAUUAAAGAAAAUAUGAACAAUGUGGAGGACGAUGUGUAUGCUGAAUUUUGUGCACGACUUGGUGUUGCCAAUAUUCGUCAGUUCGAAGAACGGGAACUGGUUCUCCAGCAAGAUCGAGCUAAAAAACGAGCCGAAUAUGAACAGCAGAUUGAUAGAAUUAAUAACAAUCUCGAGUUUGAGAGGUCCAAGGAUACGUCAAAGAAUGUUCAACGUUGGGAACGUGCGGUUCAGGAUGACGAAGAUUCGCUGGAAACGUUUAAACAAGCUGAGACCCGUCAACGCCAAGAAAUAGAAAAAGAUAAGGAACGUAUUGAAAAGCUGAAAACUGAAAAACUUUCGAAAAAAGCUGCGGUAGAUCAAAUGGAAGAAGAAACGGCCAAAGCCCGCAGAGAUGUUCAACAGCAGGCCAAAGAGUUGGCCGCCGUUCAUCAGCAAAUAUCUGGAAUCGAAUCCAAAAUUGAAACAAUGAAAAAUAAGCGACACAAUCUUCUAAUGCAAAGCAAGAUGGACGCUAUUGAUAUUCCGAUGGCACAUGGUAACAUGGAUGAUAUAGUGCAACAAAGCACGGAUAAUCCAUCGGAAAAUUCAUCUCUCACAUCGAUUUAUGAACGAGAAAGUAAGAUACAUAUUGACUACAGUUCUCUGCCGAAGAAUUUGACUAAUCCGUCGGAGCCAGAUCAAGUAAAGAAGGUAGGAGAUAGUUUGGCAAGAGAACUUCAGUCCAAAUUGGACACACUAGAAAAAAUUCAAACUCCGAACCUCAAAGCGAUGCAGAAACUAGACAGAGUAACAGAAAAAAUCCAGAGCACAAAUGAGGAGUUCGAAACAGCUCGUAAGAAAGCGAAGAAAGCCAAAGGCGCUUUCGAAAAAAUAAAAAACGAACGCUGUUCGUUGUUCACCAACUGCUGCAAUCACAUCUCCGAUGCAAUCGACGGCAUCUACAAACAAUUGGCUCGCAACGAGGCAGCGCAAGCAUACCUUGGUCCGGACAAUCCUGAAGAACCAUAUUUAGAUGGAAUCAAUUACAAUUGUGUUGCACCAGGAAAACGUUUUCAGCCAAUGAGCAAUCUCAGCGGAGGUGAAAAGACUAUAGCCGCAUUGGCCCUAUUAUUUGCCAUCCACAGCUUUCAGCCGGCUCCAUUUUUCGUUUUGGAUGAGAUAGAUGCUGCUUUAGACAACACUAAUAUAGGCAAAGUAGCAUCAUACAUCCGAGAAAAGUGCACGAAUUUACAGACGAUAGUAAUUUCAUUGAAGGAAGAAUUCUACAGUCACGCUGAUAUUCUCAUUGGUAUUUGUCCAGAACCUGCCGAAUGUCUCGUCUCACAGACCCUAAUUUAUGAUUUAGAACAAUUUCAAGCAGUUCCAUAAAAAUCUUAAGCUCCUACAUUUGUUCGAACAUUUGAUGUAUUAAUUGCAUACUCUGAUUCCUUAUUUCAUACCGAAAACCUAUUAUACUCUUUUUGUACGCAUAAAAUGUUAAUGUAAUUUACU